CUUGAAAUCUUAAUAUAUAUAUACUUUUACUGAGAUCAUGUCUGUCUUUGUGCAAACUAAACCACAUACUCAGGACUGUUCCACCUGACAAAGUCCUUGGCCAACUUCAAUCUUUUGACAUCAACUUACGGAAGACUCUGGAAUCAAUAGUAGAUUGUUCCUUAUCAGAAAGCUCAUGGCAACAAGCUACACUCCCCAUUCGCCUGGGGGGCUUGGGUUUGAGGGAAGCUUCUCGAUGUCACCCCGCAGCCUAUCUUUCCAGUUGUAACUCUUCUCGUCACUUGGCAUCUUACCUUCUAUCCAUGAGCAGCCAGUGGAACAUGUCAUAUUCCGAUGAGGGCCAGGCGAUUGUGUUUCCAGGGGAGUCUACGGCCCAAGAUUUUUUGCAACUCCCUUUACCAGAUAACAACCACAAAAUUGAUUCCACCAGUCAGCAUCAGUUGCAACUUCGGUUGGACUCUGCUUUAUGGUCUUCACUCAAAGAAUCGGCGAGCAUAAGGGAUCGAGCUCGACUGAAUACCAUUUCUGGUCAACACACUGGGGCAUGGCUACGGGCAAUACCGAACCCGAAUCUCGGCCUUUCCAUGCCCAAAAGAGAGUUUAGUGUGGCACUACGGAUAUGGUUGGGUAUCCCCAUUUUCCCUUCCCCAAACUCCAAACGCUGCCCUUGUGGUAACAUUAUUGAUAAGUUUGGUGACCAUCUAUUGGGAUGUAAUCAAGGACAGAGUUUGACAACGAAACGUCAUGAUGCUCUAUGCGAAGUGGUGUACAACGCACUGCUUACAGAUGAUUCUCGUUGUCGUCGGGAGGCAAGAUGUAGCAGUAGCAACCAAACAAGACCAGGAGAUGUUUAUCAUCCAGAUUUCGAGCGCGGUUUGCCUGCCUACUUUGACUUAUCGGUACGAAGUUCCUUACAACCGUCUUUUCUCACUCAAGCAGCAAGUCAUCCAGGUGCAGCAUCUGAUGCAGGAGAGAUGGAAAAGGACGAACGACAUCACCUGAAUGUGUCCAGCACAGGCAGCCUUUUUCAUCCGCUAGUAGUAGAGACUCUGGGUCUCUGGACAGCUGCUAGCCUUCAAGUGCUCAAGAUCAUAGCACGUAGAGCUUCGUUUAAACAUAAUGUUUCAAUUAGCCAGUCUGUUUGUCAUUUUCAUCAGCAACUCUCUACUAGACUGUGGUGUAGCAACGCUAAAAUGAUACUAGCUAGAUGUAGUUUAGAUGGUACUGCUAGUCCCCUAUGGGACCUAUAAUAUAAUAUAUAUGUAUAAUAUAUAUAUAUAUAUAUAUAUAUAUA